AUGGACAGGCGACGGCAAGUUGGCCCAGAGACCAGUGCGAAACUCAUCUAUGAUGAUGUACAAGCCACUCAAGAGGCUAGGCCGGAGGAAGGCACUACACCCGUGAGAUCAGAUGGCCGUGCCUGGAGCGACUUGCGAUCUCAUUUUGUCAAGACGGGCAUCGUUCAAGACGCCAACGGGAGCUGCUACAUCGAAGCAGGAUCGACCAAGCUGCUCUGCGCAGUCUAUGGACCCCAUGCAUCUGCUAUCAAUACCACGCCUGCCGCCAAACUCGAGGUUGAAGUCAAAUUUACGCCUUCAACUUUUCCAGGCAGCAGACGCGCGCCAGGCAAGGGCACCGAAUCAGCGAGCUUGUCGGCUGACAUACAUCAAGCCUUGCUGCCAUCGCUCUUGCUCGAUCGGAUCCCAAGAAGCACGAUCAGCGUCCAUGUGACGCUGCUGCAAUGGGACGGCCCGCUCACUGACAUAUCAGCUGGCAUCACCGCCGCCAGUCUCGCGCUCGCGUCUGCCAAGAUUGAGAUGAGAGGCCUUGUUAUUGGCACAUGCGCAGUCAUUCGCCAGACAGAAGACGCGUCCAUUGUAGCUAUCGAUCCGACAGCAGACGAGGUCGAUCUGUCAGUCGCCCAAGUCAGCAUGGCCUGCAUGCCUGCACUCGGCACACUUUCUCUGCUGGAAGUGAGCGGCAAGGCAAGCUUGACGCAGAUAGACCAGGCCAUCGAGAGAAUGACCGAGGCGUCGGCGAGGAUGCAUUCGAUCAGUGCUACGUCUUUGCAGACGACGUGA